AUGUCUAUUCGAAAGAGAGAAAUAAAAGGUGUGAUCUUGCUUGGAGCAUCGUCUGUGUUCUUUGCGAUCGUAUCUGUAUUUGUAAAAUACUUGGGCAACACUAUACCUUCUUUUGAAAUCGUCUUGGCAAGGUCUGCCAUACAGCUAUUCCUUGGCUUGAUCGUUUGUGUUUUUCUUGGCGUCAAUCCAUUAGGAAAGAAAGGCUAUCGACGAUGGAUUCUAUUGAGAGCGCUCGUAAGUGCAAGUGCAUUGUGUUUGUUUUUCUAUAGUCUGACAAAGUUGCCAUUGAUUGAUGCGACAGUCUUAUUUUUUGUGGGUCCCAUAUUCAAGACCAUCGUUGCCUCUGUCGUCCUGAACGAGAUGUAUUCUUUUAAAGAUGGAUUUUAUUCAGUUAUUUGCUUUAUCGGACUAUUAUUUGUCAUCAAACCGAGCAUCUUUUUCAACGUUAUUAUCGAUACCUCAAGGUCUGUUGCCGUACUCUGUGCCCUGACCGGGGCUCUCAUGUCAGCGACGGCCUAUGUGACAGUGCGAAAGAUAGGACAGGAGACGCAUGUCUUGGUGCAUAUUGUUUAUUUUGGAUUUGUUGCGUCCAUAAUCAGUCUCUUGGUCUACUUGGUUCGCUUACAACAGUUUGUGAUACCUGACUAUCAUCAGUUCAAUAAUGACCUUUGGAUGCUUGGUGCCAUUGGACCCAUUGCAUUCUUGGGGCAAUUUUUGCUCAGUCAAGGACUCAAGAUGGCCCCUACUGGCCUGGCAAGCGUGAUACAAGCAAGUGAUGUCGUAUUGGCAUUUAUCUUUGGCAUCGCCUUGUUCAAAGAGUAUCCAGAAUUUAGCACGAUCGUUGGCUCAAUGGUUGUAGUCCUAAUGACCACAUGGGUCAAUGUAAAUAGAUGGCGUAUAUACAUGACAAAGAAUGCUGCGAUCAGAAGACGUAGAUCUAAAGAUAGACUUCAGCAGCAGCAACAACAAAGACAAUAA